CAGAAAGUAUCUGAGAGUUAUCGAGAUUUUUGACCUAUUUGUCCAAUAUCGAUUGUUGAAUUAUCGAUGGUUAUCAUAUAAUCUUUUGGAAAAAAGUAAUGAAAAAAUUAUCAAUUAAAAGAAAUUACUGAAACCAUCCUGGUCAAAGAUUAAGUACUAUAAAAGAUGACUGCAUAGUGAUUGAAUUUAGUUUGUGUUUAAUAAUUCCAAGAUGUAUUCUACAAAGUAUAUUGCAAUUUUUAUCUUUACAAUAUUUUCAAUUUUAUCAUGUAUAUUAGCAGAUACAAAUAAAAACAUUCCUUUAGUAGUUAUAACUUGGGAUUAUAAAGAUGCUACGGAGAAAGCAUGGGACGUUUUGCAUAAUGAAGGGAAAAGUGCUUUAGAUGCAAUUGAAGCUAGUUGUUCUUUAUGUGAGGAAAUGCAAUGUCGUAAAACUGUAGGAUUCGGUGGUAGUCCAGAUGAAUCAGGAGAAACAACAUUGGAUGCUAUGAUCAUGGAUGGCCUCAAAAUGGAUGUGGGUGGUGUUGGAGGGUUGAGAAAUGUUAAAAAUGCUAUAUCUGUUGCUCGUAAAGUGUUAGAGCAUACAGAUCAUUCUCUGCUUGGUGGAAAUCUUGCUACAAAUUUUGCUGUACAGAUGGGAUUUAAAUCAGAAUCUCUAGAAACUAAUGAAUCCCAAGAUAUGUGGAAAAAAUGGAAAGACAAUCAAUGCCAGCCCAAUUUUUGGAAGAAUGUUUUACCAAAUCCAAAAACUACUUGUGGUCCUUACAAACAAGAUAAUAUUAUGGAUUUAUUUAUGGAAAAAGAGAAUCAAAAAGUAUCAUAUACAAAUGAAGAAAAUCAUGAUACAAUAGGAGUUAUAGCAAUAGACAAAAAUGGACAUAUAGCUGCUGGAACUUCCACCAAUGGUGCAAGAUAUAAAAUUCCUGGUCGCAUUGGGGACUCUCCUAUACCAGGUGCAGGUGCAUAUGCCGAUCAACAAGUUGGUGCUGCUGCUGGUACUGGUGAUGGAGAUAUUAUGAUGCGGUUUUUACCCAGUUUUCUUGCAGUAGAAGAAAUGCGUCGUGGUGCCUCGCCUGUAGAAGCAGCUAAAACAGCUAUUCAUAGAAUUGCUGAACAUUAUCCUCACUUUACUGGUGGAGUUAUUGCAUUAAAUAAGUAUGGUCAAUUUGGAGCAGCAUGCAAUGGCAUCCCUUCAUUUCCAUUUUAUGUUAGCAAUCUUGAAUUUGGAGAGCCUAGAUUACAUACUGUAUCUUGCAUACAACAAACAUAUUGUGUUAGUGAUAAUAACAAUAAUAUUUGUUAAUAGAUUUUUUGAAGGAUAUAUGAAACAUAUGAACAAUUAUAAAUGAAAAAUAAAUUUUUUAAAUAAUCAAA